AUGAGAUGGGUAUCUAGUGUCAGGUUUCGCAGCUGCUCAAGCUCGGUUAUCGUUGGAAUUACGGAGGCAUUCGGAUUUCUUUGGGAUUCCAACGACGACUCUCUUAAGUAUGUGGAGACAGAAAUCCCAGCAUAUCGAGGAAAGAUAGAGAAGCUUCGCAUCACUCCGGGACAAGAGCGCUUUCAUUUCUUUCGGUAUCAGAAAUGUUGGUUUGCCUUCUACCGUGACCCGCACCGGAAUGCUCUGGAUCCCUUCUCGAGAAAUGCCGAGAAUAUCACUAUUUAUUACAUGUCCUGGAACAAGGCUGUUUUUGAAAAUCUUCUGGUGGAUAUCCAAAAAUUCAAUGUUGACUGCCGCCGCGGACAAUUGGCCGUGUUCUGUGCACGCCAAGAUAAGCGGGAUGCGGGCUGGCAAAACAUGUGCGACGAGAUUCCUCGGAGCCUGGACAGCCUAGCACAGGAUAAAGAAAUGAAGCGAGAAAUGAUCGAAGAUAUUGAAAAAUUCCUCAGCAAAGCCGUUACCGAUUUUUAUCGGAAACGUGGCAUCCCGCAUCGACGAGGCUAUCUCUUCCAUGGCCCACCGGGGACUGGUAAGAGCAGCUGCUGCAAGGUGAUUGCCACCCACUUUGAGCUUCCGAUAUAUAUAUUCAACCUCGCCACUGUUGAUGAUUAUGGCCUACAAGAAUUGUUCCGCACACUACCGGCCCCUCCUGCACGCUGUAUGGUGGUACUUGAAGAUAUAGACACCACCAGGAUUGAUCAGCGUGGAAAUACAGUGAACGAAGAAAAAGAUGCAUCUCGUCAGAAAGGAAUAACGCUGGCAACUGUUCUGAAUGCUUUAGAUGGCAUCGGAGCGCACAACGGCCAUAUACUCGUUGCCACCACGAAUGCUAAACCAACACUUGAUCCGGCUCUGACUCGACCUGGACGGAUAGACAAGCAAUUCGAGUUCCGAAACCCUGAUGCACCGACCAUACACGACUACUUCUCUUUCUUUUUUGGUAAUGAUGAUGCCGAUGCAAAGUUCCCGAAUACAACGCUUGAUCAGCUGGCCAGUCAAUUUUCCGAUGUCGUCUCUCAUUUGGCCUUGUCACCUGCUACACUGCAAGAACUUGCCUUGAUUCACGUUAAGAACUAUACGAUGGAUCACCUCAAGACAAAUGAAGAACCUACGCUGCCCGAUGACCCAUCAGCUAAGGCAAAGCAUAUUUUCAAACUUGUCAAGGAGUCAUUGUUCGAAGAUGUCGAAUCGGUCUCCAAGGCUUUUGAAGAUACAGACCUCGAAGAUUGCAUGUCUUUGGCGAAACAAAUUAUUGCGGCCAAGCCGGAGCUUAAAUCAACACUGCUUCUAGCUCUAGAUAGAAAUGCUCAGUCUGAUUGGGAUGACUUCUAUUCAAGCAUUGUUGGAAACUACGACGACUGGGUUACGGUCACGCCGCAGGUCCUUCUCGCAGAUGCGGUAUUUUUAUCAGAGGCUUGA